AUGUAUCUUACUAUCUGUCUAUCUAUCUAUCUAAUUAUUUUCGAUGUAUCUAACUCUGCAUUUAUCUAUUUUCUGUCUCUCACUCUCUGCUUCUAUCUAUCUAUCUAUCUAUCUAUCUAUCUAUCUAUCUAUCUAUCUAUCUUCUUCUAUAGAUAUAAAACUGGCAAGUAUGUUUUUUUCUUCUUUUGUCUUUUACUUUUUCCCACUUCGUCAUCUUUUCUUUGUUUUCUUUCUAACUUGUUCUUUAAUUUUCCCCUCUUCUUUCAUUUUAGAAUUCCACUCAUCUCGUUAUUUAGGUUACAUUUUUUUCUUUUUUCCAUUAUUUUCUUUCUUUUGCCAUUUUCUUUACUUUCAUUUUUUUUUCUCUCAUAUUUUCUUCUCUUUAUUCCUUCUAUUUUCCUUGGUUUCUUCUUAUCUUUUCUUUUCUUUCUCGCUUUCUCUCCUUCUGCAACAUCCUUCCUUCCUUUCUUUAUUUCCUCCUUCCUUCCUUUCUUUUUUCUCUCUUUCUUUCAGAAACUUUAUUUCUUUAACUUUCGUUCUUACUUUCCUUCUUUCUUUUUUCUUUCUUUCAUUCUUUCUUUCUUUCUUUCUUUCUUUCUUUCUUUCUUUCUUCUUUACUACUAUGUCAUUUUUAUAUUUCUUUUGUCCUAUUUCUUUUCUUUCGUUUUGUAA